CCAUAGUUCACCAUGGCAUUACCGAAACGCGGAGAAGUGAUUGUGCAGCUGAUGCAACGUGGCCACACUCACAGUGAUGCCAUGGGACGUGAGCUUUUGCACGUCGUGGGCUUCGCCGUCACUAAGGUGGAGAUGAAUCGUCAAUUCCGGUUGCACAAAGUCUUCAACGCCGUGGUGUCUUCUCCAUUUGCCGAAGUUUAUCACGUGUCGCAGAAGUUUUUGUUGCUGCCGGGUCGGUACUUGAUUGUGCCAGGAACGUGCAACCCUGGGUUAGAAGCAGAUUUCAUGCUCAGAGUCUUCAGCAAAGACGGCGUGAAACUAAGCAUGUUGACAUUGGACCACCCACAACGUGCUGGAAUCAUGCGGAUUUUUGGCACCCAAUCGUCGCGUUUUUUGACGCGGGUUCAAGUGAAGCGAGUAAUUUGUAGCGACGAGUCGGAAAUUGGCUUUUGGACCGGUCGCAUUACGGUUGGUGUCAUGUGCGAAGGCAAGUCGUGCAGAAGCUGGGCCGCAAAAAUGCCUCAGGAUGCCGCCAACAACCCGCAGCUGUUUUGGAACCUUGUCGGGUUCGACUCUGUGGAGAUGAAUCGUCAAUUCCGGUUGCACAAAGUCUUCAACGCCGUGGUGUCUUCUCCAUUUGCCGAAGUUUAUCACGUGUCGCAGAAGUUUGUGUUGCUGCCGGGUCGGUACUUGAUUGUGCCAGGAACAUGCAACCCUGGGUUAGAAGCAGAUUUCAUGCUCAGAGUCUUCAGCAAAGACGGCGUGAAACUAAGGUGUCGCAUUACGGUUGGUGUCAUGUGCGAAGGCAAGUCGUGCAGAAGCUGGGCCGCAAAAAUGCCUCAGGAUGCCGCCAACAACCCGCAGCUGUUUUGGAACCUUGUCGGGUUCGACUCUGUGUUUUACCGGAAAAGCCUGACCUCCAAAAUUCUUUUGGAGGUGCACAAGAAGGGGUUGUUGGUUCCAGUGCUUUUGGGCAGGUGUGAAAUCACAGCCAGUGACGUGACACAGACGCACGAAGCCGGCGAAGAGCGGAUAUUCAAUUUGACAAACACUCGUCGUUUCCGCGACAUCCGGGACGAAGACUUCCACUUCCUCCCGGACACCUUGGAGGUGGAGAGACGACUCUCUGUGUACAGUAUUUGCGUCUCGCUGAAAACAGUGGCCAAUUUCAAGGACCUUUGAGACUUACGAAUCGUUGUGUCCUCCCCAUUUUUUCUGCGUUGGCUGUCUUUUCAAGGGCAUUUUUUCAGAGAUAUCCUCUCUUGAUGACGGGACUUUCGUAUUGCGUGUCUUUCUUUGGGAUAGAGAGAGAGAGAAAAGCGUGGGGUUUUUUCCACACUCUCACCAAUGUUUUUUUGGUUGUUUGUGUCUUGCCAGUAUUUGUGUAAUAUCUUGGAAGUAUUUUUUGGUGUUCAAUUUUAUCGAGUCUCAGGGCUUCUGCGAGAGCAGCUGGAAUAUGGAGAGACCUUUUUUUCCUAGGGAAGAGACUUAUUGGUGUUUUAGAGAUCACGACCCAGGUUUUUUUGAUGUGCUUGUAGUGAGUAAGGUAUGUAAUUCUUUGGUGUUGAGACGGAGAAGAAAAGGUUGGUGAUGCGGAGAAUUUUGAGGAAAAAGUAUUUCGAAGUGGGAUUAUUAUGAGACUGAGUCUCUCUUUCUUACUAUUCGAGGCAGUAGGAUAUUCCCUGUAUUUUACUGUUUAACCCAGCAAAACGAGGGAUUUAUUUUCAAAGGGACGAAUAUCUCGCACUUUUUGAACCUCUCAGAAGUGGAAGAAGUUCGCUUUCGAGACCUGAAUAAUUUCUUUUUUCUUCAGCUUCUGUUGAUCUUAAUGCUUGAAGCUGCUUUAAAAAUACAAAUAAAAAACACCUUAUUCUGUGGUCUGUUCAGCAAUUUCAUAGGAGUGAUCCGCAAUUUUUUUUGUUGCAAAAAGUAUCUGUUGUUUCGGAUGAAAAUUUCAGGACGUAUCAAAAUUCCCAUCGAUUUAAAAUUUUUACAAAUAUUAAUUCCUUGAAUUUAGAAGGUAAUAUUUAAUUUUAUAUGCAAGUCAUAUUUUAAAGUUUUGUAAAUUUGAUUUUGUUUCCUGGUCUGUUCAACAAUUGAAUGAGAAAGGCCCGCACAUCUUUUGUUGUUGCAAAAAUAUCAUUUUUUUGUGUGGAAAAUAUCGUGUCAUGUGGAAUCCCCAUCGAUAAAUAUUUGUAAAAAAAUAUUAACUCCCCCAUUUCUAUUCAAAUUUAAUGUAUAAAAGUCAUCUUUCAAAGUUUUCUGAAUUUAAUUUCGUUUAAAGCUAAUUCUUAAGCUUCACUACGGAUAGAAAAAUAAUUUAAAUACUUUCAUGAAAUUACUUUCAAUGAUGGAAAAAAUUACGAAAGGCGGAGGAUUUUUUGCGCGUCGAAAUUGGUUUUCUUUCCUACUUUUGACAAAUAAAUCCUGGAUGAAAACUAAUGCCUUCUUUUGCGAGCGGUUGAAGUUCGACUCGUUUUUCAACUUAUAAUUAUUGCAUUCAUUUUUGAGAGGUUGAAAAAGGUUCGAGGUCUUGUCAAUUUAAAGCGGCAGAUUUUUGGGUAAUGUGAUAUUUCAGAAACCAGCCUUCCCGCUGUCAUUCCCAGGUUGUGUACCAUAGGAAGAAUUUUUUUUUUACUGUGACAGAAUCAGAUUUUGGGCCAAAAAUGGUGACAAAAUUGCAUCAGAAAAAUGCUAAUUUAAAAGCAGGGAUUUUUGAUCACUGCUUUAAUUAUUGAACAGGAUCUUAAUCUCCUCUAGUGUUGGGGAAGUGACCUUUUUCAAUUAAACUUUCUUGGAAGGUUGCUUGAAUUUUUAACCCAGUCUUCAAUUGAUCAUUAAAAUAAUUUUACAUUAUUUUUGGGUGAAUUGUUGCCAAAUAAUGCCACAUUGACUUGGGAAUGACUGGAUAAAAAGUAGAACUCAAGCAUUGCUAAGGUUGUACAAAUUUCUCUAUGUUGAAGGAAGAACAGCAGGGAAUUUGAUUUUUUCCAUUCAUUUGCAAUAAUUAUCUCCACAAGGAAAAUUGGUUGUUCAAGAAACAAAGAUGUGCUAGGAAUUUUUGCAAGAACAAUCUGGAUUGUAGAAAGGGAUCUGAAGACCAUUUUUUUUUUUUUCCUGGUGAAAACGAUUCCAAGUGUUCCAAAGUCAGUGUGUUCAUUCAGCUUCACAUGAUUGUUGUGCUGUAAAAAAAAAAGAUUUUUGUUAAUGAAUGUGAAACCAGCACAUAUCCUGUGAGAAGGCACUUGAACUUUCAGUGACAAAUUCAUGUGUGUUUUGACAGGUGCAGCUUUUUUUGUUGGAGACAAUAACUGUCUUAAUGGGCUUUUUUUUCUUGGACAAAUCUGUGUUUAAGAAUCAAUCACAAGGUUGGUGUGUGUUUUUUGUUGCUGGGAUUCUUGAAUUUUUGUGACACGAAUGUCCCAUGCAGAAAUUUGCUGUGAAGAAACCAGAGCCACCGUGGAACAAAAAUAUAUCAAGCUGUUGGCUGUUA